GUCAGUGACUUUAAUAACUCCUCCUCCUCAACCCCAAUAAGCCUUUAAAUUUAUUUCCCUCUUUCAUUUAACAAUGCCCUUCCUAUUCUCUUUCACUUUAUACCUUUUCCUCCUCACUCUCUAACUAAAAAACAAAGGAAACAAGAAGAACUUCAUCAAUAACCAUAUCGAUGGACUUUGACAUUGAAAAUCCAUUGCCAUUUAGCCAUGAUGAUGAAACUCAUGCACACACCAAUAUUUCUCAUCUUUUCAACAUUGAAAUUGAUCACACGCCUUCUAAAAAUUAUCAUCAAAAUCUCGAAAACUCGGAUUUUCACAUCACUAUCCGUGAAGCAACCAUUUCUAUAAUCUUACAAAUUUCUUACCCCUUUGAUCCUUUUCUCUCAUACCUUGCCAUUAAUUAUCUCGAUCGAUUUCUCUGCCUCCAUUCACUAUCAGAAGGGAAGCCAUGGAUGUUGAAGCUGAUUGCUGUUUCUUGUGUUUCAUUAGCAUUAAAGAUGAGGAAAAGAGAGUACUCUGUUAGUGAAAUUCAGCAAGAUGGUGGUGUGAUAUUUGAUAGUGAGACAAUAAAACGAAUGGAGCUUUUGAUUCUCGGGGGCCUAAAAUGGAGAAUGUGUUCAAUCACACCAUUUGCCUUCAUUAAUUUCUUCAUAUCUUUGUUCAAAUUCAAAGAUCUACCGUUACAACAAGCUCUCAAAGCUAGAGCCACUGAGAUUAUAUUAACAGCUCAAAAUGAUGUCAAGAUUUUGCAGUACAAGCCAUCUAUAAUAUCAGCUUCAGCUCUUCUAUCUGCUUCUCAUGAGCUUUUCCCUUUACAAUUCCCAUGCUAUAAAACUGCAAUCCUAAAUUGUUCAUAUGUACAGAAGGCUGAUUUGUUAAGUUGCUAUAAUAUCAUGCAAGAAAUAGCAAAGGAAGGGUAUGAAUCAAUACUAGAGAUGGUGUCAAGCACAUGCACACCAGUCAACGUGCUUGACCUGCAAAUGAGUUGGAGUUCAGAUAACGAGCCAAUUGAAGAACAUACCACCUCUGCCUCUACUCUACUACUUAAUGCUAUUAGCAGCAGCAACAACAACAGGCAAGACAACUUGAUGAAAUGUCGAAAGAUUAUUAUUGAUGAUGACAACAGUUAAUGCAGCUGCACAACAACAACGUUGAUAUUGAUGUUUGAAACAAAAUUAAGCUAUCUAUCUGAACGUUUUUUUUUUCUUUUUUUGAUGAAAACGAAGCAGUAGUGCACGCCCCACUGCAUGAGUUGAAAAGAUACAUCACAAAAAAAAGGUUUAAUAAAAGACAACUAAGUACUAUUUUCUUUUAA